AUGCGAGAUUGCUGUACGCCCACCAAUGCGAGAAUCUGUAUCACAAUGUCAACGUCGCAACAGUGCAUCCGCCCAACUGAAGCAGUGCUGCUCCGGCUAUCUCCGAAACAUGCCUAUGAAGAAGAUCAUACAACGGAGGAGCACAAUGGUGUUCUUGGCGGGCAAAUCCAAUCGGACCUAAUACCAAGCCCCAGAGCAAAUCCCAGCCGAGCUGCAAAGCUGCAGAACCUCGGCUGCUCUCCUAAUCCUCGCCAGAAUCCAAGCAAUAGUCGUAUUCUCGUCUACCACAGCACCUAUAGGCCAAACAUCCAGCCUCAGCAGCUUGUGUCCUUCUUCUUUGAUAUGCCAGAAGGCAUAAGCGUCCCUCGGAUCAUCUCUCCAGUCCAGAUUCCAUGUGGAACCAAGCCGACUUCGACCCGGGAUCUUUGUCGUUGCGAAAAUGUUCCUUUCGCUUGCGUCAAGCGUCCACAGCACAGGACCGUUGCCUGGCGAAGAUGCAAAUUGCCAUGCGUCAGUCUCGAUGUGUGGAUGAACGGGUGA